GAGCCCCCUGUACCAAUGGAGAAAGCAGCCUCGUAUACACGAAUGGACUGUCUACCAGUGAUUGGAUUGCGGACUGAACACGUCAGAUAUGGGGUGGGGCCUCCGACCUGGGCUUUCCCUUGUAAUUCUGCCAAAAUCAAGGACAGACCGUGUCAGGAGCCGCAGGACGACGAGGUUCCAAUGGCUACAGGCUCCACAACAAAUUCUUCAAAAUCCAAGAACAAAAAUGGGAUUUCUGACAAAAAUAAAGCACUUCAAGGACAGUGGGGAAGAGCCUGGGAGGUGGAUUGGUUUUCCCUAGCAAGUGUCAUAUUCCUGCUGAUGUUUGCUCCAUUUAUUGUAUAUUACUUUAUCAUGGCAUGUGACCAGUACCAAUGUGCUCUUACUACCCCUCUUGUUGAUCUCUUCACUGGGAAUAAUCAUCUUUCUGACAUCUGGGCGAAGACACCAUCAAUGAGCCAGAAAGCUGCUCAGAUCUACACAGCUUGGGUCAUUUUCCAGGUCCUUUUGUACAUAUUGCUUCCUGAUUUUUGUCAUAAAUUUCUGCCUGGCUAUGUAGGAGGAGUACAAGAAGGUGCCAUAACUCCUUCAGGGACAGUAAAUAAAUAUGAAAUCAAUGGCCUUCAAGCCUGGAUAAUUACUCAUCUUCUCUGGUUUGCAAAUGCACAUUUCUUCCACUGGUUCUCUCCUACUGUAAUCUUUGACAACUGGAUCCCACUGCUCUGGUGUGCCAAUAUUCUUGGCUAUAUAGUUUCCAUAUUUGUAAUGAUCAAGAGCUAUCUUUUCCCUUCAAAUUCAAAAGACUGCAAAUUUACUGGUAACUUCUUCUACGAUUUCAUGAUGGGUGUUGAAUUUAAUCCUCGAAUAGGAAAAUGGUUUGAUUUCAAGCUUUUCUUCAAUGGACGCCCAGGCAUUGUAGCAUGGACUCUUAUUAACUUGUCAUUUGCAGCCAAGCAGCAGGAACUCUAUGGUCAGGUGACCAACUCCAUGAUCUUGGUUAAUGUUCUACAGGGCAUUUAUGUUUUGGACUUUUUCUGGAAUGAAGCAUGGUACCUGAAAACCAUAGACAUCUGCCAUGAUCACUUUGGGUGGUAUUUGGGUUGGGGAGACUGUGUCUGGCUACCAUACCUCUAUACUCUUCAGGGUUUAUACUUGGUGUACAACCCCAUACAGCUCUCCGUACCUCAUGCGAUGGGCGUCCUGCUGUUAGGUUUGGUAGGUUACUUUAUCUUCAGGGUGACCAAUCACCAGAAAGACCUUUUCCGACGCACCGAUGGGAAUUGCAAGAUCUGGGGCAAGAAGCCAGAAUACAUAGAAUGUUCCUACAUGUCAGUGGAUGGGAAGAAGCACUACAGCAAACUGAUGAUUUCAGGAUUCUGGGGUGUGACCCGCCAUUUUAACUAUACCGGGGACUUAAUGGGCUCCUUAGCCUACUGCCUGGCUUGUGGCUUUAACCAUAUCUUUCCUUACUUCUACAUCAUCUACAUGUCCAUCUUGUUAAUUCACCGCUGUAUCAGGGAUGAGCACCGUUGUUCUAGCAAGUAUGGUAAAGACUGGAAACGAUAUACCUCUGCAGUGCCCAAGCGACUGGUGCCAGGAAUUUUCUAAGGAUAAGCCUGUGCAUUCUGGCCCUCUGGGGGUCUUCUUCCAAAGGGCAGUGAAGGAGUUUUCAGACUGCCUCUUCACCAGCAAAAACAACUGAUUUUCUUUGUAGUCUGGAGAAGGACAGAGUUAUGUUUUGUCUUUAAAGCAAUGCCAUUGGUUUUAAUUCUUUGAAAAUAUUUUGCUCUUGUUUUCAUUAGAAUCAGAAGCCACUAUACCACUGAAAUGGAGUCUUAAAGUGACAAAAACUGCCAGUUCUGGAUCAGACCAAUGAUCCAUCCAGCUCAGUAUUCUGUCUUUGAGAGUGGCCACAGGAACCUUGGAGAAACUAUGUGGUGCUGACACUCUGUGGCAUUUAUCUUAGUGGUUAGGUGGGUUCCAUCUAGCAUCCCUAAUAUUCCCCUCUAGAAGCCCAUUAUGGACUUCUAAUUUAUGACUUUAUCCAAACUCCUCCUCAAGCCUACUUGUAUUUUUUGUUGGCUUAACUUCUGUAAUUAACAUUCCAUAUUCAUUCAUUCAGUCUUUUAUUGGGCACUUACUGUGUGCAGAGCACUGUACUAAGCACUUGAGAGAGUGCAAUACAGUAAUAGACACAUUCCCUGCCCACAGAGAGCUUACAGUAGAGUCUGCAAAGCAUUCCAUGUGUUUUUAACAUUUGCUGUGUGGAGGCUUAUUUUCUUACAGUACUGCCUAAUGGAUGGAUCUGAAGCCUUAAAAAUCUGUUUGUAAGUAUCAGAAAGACUUUUUUGGCCAAAUAAAGUUCAGUUAAAACAAGAACAAAUCUGAGUGAAAAUGCUGCCUUAGGCAUUUUCUGCUCUCCAUGUAAACAAGAAAAGAAUUUAUCAGCUACCCUCACUGAUCUCCCACUCAUUUUUGUUCAAGUCCAGGGGUUGGGUAUAGAAAUAUAAUUGCAUUCACCUUGAUAAAUGA